AGGAAAAUGUGUCUGUACGCUGUAUUUCUGCAGAAUAUGCUGCAUUUAUGUACUGUUUAACACCUGUUUCAAGAAGAGGGAAUGAUGGAAAUGAAGACAAAUGACAUUGGAGGAAUGAAAAGGAUGCAGGGGGUAAAUGAGAGAGAAUUGGGUGGAGGGAGAUAGAGUUGAGGGGUGUUGAAACACUCCUGGAAUGACAAGGAUCUCUCAGGCAACAGAGGGAAAGUAUUCACUCUUCAGAUGCAAGGAAAUAAAGAGAGGCGAGGAGGGGAAAAGGAUAAACGCUCACGCCACACAGCUCAGGGAAUUCAUCCACAUCAAUUUCCCUCUCUUAACUCCUCACUCUGCCUCACCUUUCCUCUCUCCUUUCUUCCUCCCCUCCUCUUCAUCCCUUACUUGCCUCUCACCAAGGGACAGUCUGGUAGCUAGUGGGGAGAAAGGAAGCGAGACACAGACGAUAUGAAAGACGGGGGAAGAAUGAAAGGAAGUUCGAAAGAACAAAAGACAAAAAAGGGCUUUGUUCGCAGAUGGACAGCCAACGCCGGGGCCUGUUUUCCUAAGCAAGAUCCCGAGCGUGGUGGCAGUCACAUGAUCUCGACAGAUGACUUGGAAUAUCCGCGGGAGUACCGGACGCUGGGGAACAGCGCCCGGCGUUUCUCCAAUGUGGGCCUGGUGCAUACGUCGGAGCACCGCCACACUGUCAGCGCCGCCCAGAGCCUGGAGGCCCUGACCAACCUGCACAAGGCUGACAUGGAACGCAAGCGGGACGCCUUCAUGGACCACCUGAAGAGCAAGUACCAGCAGCAGCAACAGCAACUGCAGCAUCCGCACCACAGCCCCCACCACAACCCGCCGUCGCCCUCGCCCUCCCACGCCAGCAUGAGGGGCACAUCAGAGCGGUCUGCACGAGAACAGCAACAGCCCAACUACUGGAGCUUUAAGAGCCGCAGUCCACGCCAUUCCCAGUCUACCCAGUCUGGGCUCGCCGACCAGGCCGCCAAGCUUUCCUUCGCCUCCGCUGAAUCCUUGGAGACCAUGUCGGAAGCUGACAUGCCCCUCGGUUUCAACCGGAUGAACCGAUUUCGCCAGAGCCUGCCGCUGUCCCGCUCUGCCAGCCAGAAUAAGCUACGUUCUCCAGGCGUGCUGUUCCUGCAGUAUGGAGAUGAGACACGUCGGGUGCACAUCACCCACGAGCUGAGCAGCCUGGACACGCUGCACGCUCUCAUCGUGCACAUGUUCCCUCAGAAGUUGACGGCAGGUAUGCUGAAGUCGCCCAACACGGCCAUCCUGAUCAAGGACGAGGCGCGCAACGUCUUCUAUGAGCUGGAGGACGUCCGGGACAUUCAGGAUCGCAGCAUCAUCAAGAUUUACCGCAAAGAGCCCAUCUAUGCUUCUUACCCAGCUGCUGCACACCUGGCUAACGGAGACCUCAGGAGGGAAAUGGUGUAUUCCUCUCGUGACUCCUCUCCAACGCGCCGCCUCAACACCCUCCCUUCCUCCACGGCCUCGGCGUCCUCCGGCUCUCCAUCACGCUCACGCCUCUCCUACAGUGGCGGCCGCCCUCCGUCCUUCGCCGGGUCCCACCCCCAGCAUGAACAGCCCCGACAUCCCCACCAUCCGUCAGCCGGGCACGCUGCCAACGCAGGCCUGUCUCCAUCGCCCAGCGCCAUCCUGGAGCGUCGUGACGUCAAGCCUGAUGAAGAAGUUUCUGCAAAAAACAUGGCACUGAUGAAGAAUGAGGGGUUGUACGCAGAUCCCUACAGCUUGAUGCAUGAAGGUCGACUCAGCAUUGCCUCCACCCAGUCGUUAGCUGCCAUCGGAGACCCCUUUAGCUUCCCCGUGUCCACUGGCCUCUACCGCCGUGGCUCCGUGCGCUCCCUCAGCACCUAUUCGGCCGCUGCUCUUCAGGGAGACCUGGAGGACUCUCUCUACAAGCCUGGAGGUUCGCUGUACACUGACACAUACUCCUCGGCCACUCUGGGCAUGGGUUUUCGAAUGCCGCCCUCAUCCCCGCAGAAAAUCCCUGACAUGCAGCUGAGGGACAGGGACUCGUAUUCCAGCUCACCCAGGGCCUCACCUGUCAGGCAGAGUUUCCGCAAGGACUCUGCCUCCUCCUCUGUGUUCGUCGAGAGCCCGAAGUCGAGGCCCAGCUCCAGUUCAGAGCCUCUGUGUCUAACAGCUGGACCUGGGGAGGGCAGCAGAACCAUGCCUGGUUUUGGAUCUUCAUUAUCUGGGCAAGAUGCAGAUACUAGCAGGGAUCAUCGCCUGGAGCGCAUGGAGGCCAUGGAGAAGCAGAUCGCCAGCCUUACUGGCCUGGUCCAGAGUGUUCUGACCAGAGCACCAGACAGUGACAGCACAUGCGGCCUGCUGCGUCUCUGCAUGAUGGCGGGCUGCCCUCCGGACCAAGGGACGGAGUUUUCACGGCCAUUACCUUUCUCUUCCAGCGAGAAGACCGAAACCAACAGUGACGGCUCCGCCACUGGAACUGGACGGCUGAAGAAGAAAGCUCAUACGCCGUCGGCACCUCUAGCUCUGAUGCCGCCGCCACCCUCUAACUUGAGCCAUGUGAACAGCGUCGGUCGCUUGCAGAUGCAGCUCCAUCUGCACGGGCUGCAGCAAAACGCCACCGACCUGCGCAAGCAGCUCACCCAACUACGCAAGACACAGCUAGAGAACCAGGAUUCAGUGCGAACUCUGUUGAAACGGACGGAAGCGGAGCUGAAUGUGCGGGUGGCCGACGCCCUGAGGAAGCAGGAGGAUCCUCUGCAGAGACAGCGCCUCCUGGUGGAGGAGGAGAGGCUCAAGUACCUGAAUGAGGAGGAGCUCAUCAUCCAGCAGCUCCACGACCUGGAGAAGUCGGUGGAGGAGAUCCAGAAGGAGUCGUCUGUCAACCACAAGCUGGUGACAGUGCAGGAGCUGGAGGAGAAGGCCACUGUUCUGAGAAAGCUGGGAGAAACACUGACAGAGCUGAAAAAUCAAUUCCCCGGCCUGCAGAGUAAGAUGCGGGUGGUGCUCAGGGUGGAGGUGGAGGCCGUGAAAUUCCUGAAAGAAGAGCCGCACAGACUCGACGCCCUGUUAAAACGCUGCAAGACUAUAACCGACACCCUUGCCACCAUGCGCAAACAAGCGAAUGAGGGGGUAUGGAAGAAGCAAGAGGACUUCUCCAGUCCUUCAUCAAAGCACAACGAGGAUUUACGAAAGUUUGCAGACUUUGACAUCCCCACUAGCCCACCGCUCACCAUCAAUGACCUUGGGGGAGGUAACAGUCUGUCCAAUUGGAGCCCUCACACCAGCCUCAGCCGUGGACACGGUAACCCAUCCGGCCCUCACAAGGACAAUCAUCCUCCUGUUCCCCACAAGGGUAAAGCCUUGGAGGAGCUGGAGCGCCGUGCUGCUGCUGACAAAGCUUUGUCCGUCGAAGUCCGGCUGGCAGCAGAGCGGGACUGGGAGGAGAAGCGAGCCAGUCUAACCCAGUACAGCGCCCAGGACAUCAACCGGCUGCUGGAGGAGACCCAGGCUGAGCUAAUGAAGGCUAUUCCAGACCUGGACUUUGCUGCAAAGCAGAUCAAGCACUCGUCCAACACAUCGUCCACCCAGAACCCCCAGAGUGGGGGAGCAACCUCAGAGCACCGCGCCAGCAAGCCCCAGCACAAGCUUUCUGGAAAAGACGGAGCAUCCAGGCGUGGCUCUGAUGAACUCACAGUACCUCGGUAUCGCACAGAGAAACCCUCCAAGUCUCCUCCACCUCCACCGCCUAGACGCAGUUUCCCUUCUUCUCCAGGACUGACCACUCGCAGCGGAGAGCCACUAAUUCCUGGAAAAAGCAUAAAGAAAUCUGAAUCUGAAGAAACCGAAGGCCAGAAGCCUCACAUAAAACUGAGGAGGACCGUGUCUGAAAACCCUCGUCCUGCAUCUACACCCCCAACACUGGCCUCUGGGGACAAGGAGGAAUUAGAGGAGGAGAGAAUCGCGGCCGAACUUGAGGGAGGAAAUAAUUCCAGUGUCGGGAAGGUUCUUCACUCCUCGGCCGCCUCCAAGCUGAAGCACCUGCAGCAGAACAGCACAGACAAGACUAAAAGUGGCAAAAGAGAGGACUUCCUGAAGAUCCAGGGCCAGCAACAGCAGUGAGCGACCUGUCCAGCCUCUUCAGCUUCUUUCUCCUCCUGUUCACCCGACUACAGAUACACACAUCUGCCCUUUUUACUCUAUCAGCUGUGUUUGCAUCUCCAGUGUUGACUCCGAAAUAUGCUCUGAAACCCACUCUGUGUGCAUUUGUGGAGGAAUGUUAGUGUGUGUGUGUGUGUGUGUGUGUAUGCAAGCAUGCUUGCACAGGCAUGUUUGACGGUAAUGGUAAGGGAAGGUGCUGCAGGCCUCAGUGCCCAGCCACGACCAGUUUUAAGACUUUUAUUUGCCAUGAUUUCCCCUUUCACCCCUGAAAGCCUCAUCUCUCCUCUACCCCCCUCCUGUCUUCUUUGUCCCUGCUCCACCUGAAGGCCUUGGGGACCAACAGCACCAGUGGCAGUAUUGAGCCAUACCUCUCUGGUAUCAAAACGGGCAUUUUUUCAGGCCGAGUGGCCUCUCCUGCAGCAGCGUUUGCCCCUGGCCUGAGGAAGUACCCCAAGGAGGGGUCAGUGUCCUCCCUGACAGCCUCCUCAAGCCAAGCAAAGGCCCUCCUGGCAAGCCUGACUGCCUCCGGCCUGAGCGCUGAGGCCUUGCUUCUCUCCUCCACCCUCCGUCAUCACCGCCUCCUCCGCGAGCAGCGAGCCUCCUCCCUGCCUCUGUCCAGCAGCCAGUCCUCCUCCUCCCCUACUCCCCCCGCCACCUCCUCCUCCUCUUCCUCCUCACCCACCACCCCUACUCCGUCCCUCUCUCCCUCCCCUCCCACCACGUCGAAUUCCUUCACCUUCUCGUCUGGGGUUCUCAAGCACAGCCGUCGUAGCCUUGACAGCUCCAGCCUCAACAGCUGCAAGGAUGGUGGCGGCGAAUAAGGACCUCGCCCUCAAGUCCUGGUGAUGAAUCGGAGGAGGGUGACGACAUGGAAAAACGCAAUGUAAGCACAUCACAUCACAAAAUAAAAGGAGAAAAUAAGUACAUCAUGGAGAAAAAAAACACUUUUUUUUUACUCAUCUGGACUUUCUGGCUCCUUUUUUUCCUUGUUUUUCCUCCUGAUUUUAGAUUCACUCCAAUCUGCAGCCUUCAUAAUUUCAUGGCAACAUCCACGGCACUGUAAAUGGAGCCUUCUUUCUCACUCUGAUCUGCUUCCAUAGUUCCUCUGCCGAUCUCCCACGCUUUCAUUCUGACAGUUUUUCCGAUAGAGAGCGCACAGAUGUGCGCGCUGUAAGCUGAUGUGCUCUGGAUGUAUUCGCUGACAGUACCGUCCUCACAUACACACCCUCACUCAGCGGGUUGUUCGUGGCAUAGAUGAAAUAUCUAGACUGUGACUUUGAUCAUAGAAAAUUAGAGCUGCAAUAAUCACCAAGUCAGUCCAGUAGUUGUGUGUGUUCAGGAUAAUGUUGAUCUCACUUACCUGCAUCACCUGGCAGAAUGUGAGUCUGUCAAGAAAAUGUAAAGAAAAAAAAGAAAAAAAUCACAGGCAAGGUGAUGAUUGUGGUUUCAAGCUGUUUUCUGUUUAAAGGGGCAUUUGUGGCUUUUUCAUGCAUCGCCUGUGUUUUAAACUCUGAACUGGUGCUAUAUUUUCCCCUCUGUUUGUACACACUGUGUGAAGAGUUUACACGAUUGUUCUCACUCCCCUGUACAUUCCACUGUCUGGCUUUAGCUGUAUGUCACAUUUCAACAUUUAUACUAGACGAAAUGAAACAUUAGCGCCGGUAAUUAAGAACAAUUACAGGUGUUUUUAAUUGAAAAUUGGACAUGACGGUAUAUUCACAAAAGCACAGAGCAGCGAGCAGUCUGGAAACAGCAUAUCUGUGUUUAAAAUGCAACGAAGAGGCACAGUCAGACAAACAGAAGGGAAAAAUGCAAUUGAUGAAUUGUAUACAAAUGUUUUUUUGUUGUUUUUUUCAUAUGUGUACUAACUAGUUAAUUAUGACAAUCAGGAUGUUUCUACAGUAGCAUCUCUACAGUUUGCUCUGGCAUUUUCCACGCCUGACAUCGAAAUCCAUCCCAAAGACUCAAGCACACACGGUGAUGAACAUCACACACACACACAGUCUGUCACACAUGCACUUGUAAAGCCAAGUUGUACAGCACAGACUUUUUUUUUUCUUGCAAAUCUUCUGUGACGACUCAUUUGAAGUCACAUCUGUUGCACCACUGAUAAAGAGCACUCUGGUAAAAUAUGCCAUAUUGACCAGAACGUGAAUUUCACCCUUUAAGGAAUCCAAUCUACAGACUGAUAGAUGUUUUCUUGUGGGGCACUCUGUGUCUUUUGAAGUUCAACGUUUUAUCUGCCAGGAAGUUUUCAUCAAUUUGCAGGCCUCAUUAAAAAGCAGAAUACCCACUUUGAGCAAAAAAAAAAAAAAAACGCAUCCUUAGAUGACGCUCAGGCAUCUGACAUCGUUUGAGCGCUCGAUGAAGAUAAAAACUGUUAAUCAGCACAUAUUUAGACUUCACUUAGAACUUUGCUAUUAAAAGGGCCCGAGAGGAGAAUAUAGAAAUGUAAAGCAAGCACAGUUUCCUCUUCCUUGCUUCUAAUUUUGUGAAUCUGGUUCACUACGAAAAGCACAAAACUACAAAUGCUUCGUGAAAGCAACUAAAGACAACUUCCCAGCGUGUUAGAUAAACUGCACAUCAGGUUGCAAGAUACUGCUUUGGUUUUAUUACCUACAUUCUGAAACAUUUAUGAAUGAAGACAGUGACAGUAGUUUCUGAUUAUUUAAAGCACAUCUAAAGCCUGUCGGUGUAAACCCCUGCACGAAGAGCCACUUUGAAGCUGCCUGUCCCGUGUGUGUUUGCCUCAAGGCCGCCUGCUGGGGAGGUGACGAGGUAGAACGGACAGUUACAGACAAAGUGAUUCUUUUCCGGUUUUGUUCCUCGGUAUGACUGUGUGAAAUCGAUUCUUUGUGGCAUUGAGAUUAAAACAUGUGCUAAGGGGCUCGUGUCAAAGAGUAGGCAGCUUGAGGAGAGGGGAUUAGUUUUGGGACAUGUGUUUGAAGGCUACUUUAAUAAGGCCGGCUUUGACUCGGCCCUGUCUCCAUCGAGAGCGCUUGCGAUAUAAAAGACCCAAAGAGAUGAGAGGAAGAGUUUUGACAGUCAAGAGAGCUGUUAAGCAGCUAUUCUUUCACUGCCCCUUUCACUUUGCUUUGUCUUUGGUGCGGGGCCUCUCUAAAAUAAAAACCACUUGGUUAGACGAGGACAAAGACUCAAUUAUGACCAAUGUGUGCAAUAUGUAAUUAGCACUCUUGCAAUUUUACCAAGCCAGUGCUCUUUGCCUUUGACAUACUCCUGCCUGUUUGUCUGCAAGGACCUGUAACCAUGUUUUUCCCAGUGCCUCUAAGACUUGCCAGAAAUCCCCGAGUAAUCUUGUAUUACAGUAUUAGAUCAGCAGCAGUGACAGAAUAACGCUUUUAUCCAAAGAAGAUGCCGCGAGAACUGGCUUGUUCCCAGUUUGUCGCGGAGAAAUAAAGGAGAAACAAGAAAAGAAAACGGCACUUGUUAUGCCGAGUGUGUCAGGUUGCAGCGGUGGCAUUUGACUAAACACUCCCCCAGCUCGAGGAGUGCGCAGAAACUGCAAGCUCACAGCACAGCGAAUUAAGCCUCACCCUGGGUGCUCUGUAGCUCUGCCAGGCAGGUUCAAGCCCUGGGUUUCAUAUUGAGUGAAGUCAAAUGAAAGAAAUUCACUUACUCAUGCUGUUCCACGCUCAAAUCCAUAACUCUCCAAGUUAAAAUUGCUGCAUUUGCGUCUGGUGAGCGUUGGGGAGGAAGUGUGCACGCUUGGCUGCUUUCCCCAAGUAAAGUCUGAGAUGAAACCCCCCAGAAUCGCGUGACUUUGCUCUCUGGACUGAUUUUUUUUCCAAGACAAGCGUUAGUGGGCUGUGAUUUCAACAUGGCUGGAGGCUUAGAGGGCAUGUCGAACACGCUCGCAGUGGACGCCUCUGGCAAUCAGAAAAACUCAUGCAAACUUGAAAUUAAAACAUAGAAGAAGUAUACAUAUAUAAAUAUAUCUAAGUGAGAUGUUUGUGUAUGAUAUAAUUGUGAAGAAAAUGUGAUAUAUAUAUAGGCCUAGAUUAAAUUAUAUACUGUAAAAUGUCAUCAUCUCUUCUGUUUUAUAUAUUAGUGACCAUUUUGUACAGAUUUUUCUUUUUUAAUUCAUUGAGAGAGAUAUUACAUUUCACACUGAGAUUAUUUAUUCAUAUGCAGAACAUUUUUAUAUUUGUUUAAAAUAUCUGUAUAGAUAACAGUUAGCCUCUGUAAUAUACACUGAAGUUCAUUUUUAAAUUCUAGGAUUUCCUUUAAGGACACUGAGUUGGAUUUAAUGUAAUUUUGAUUUCUGAAAAGCUCGUCCCUGAAAACGCUCGUCCAGCUCGUCUGUAAUUUUACCUCCUUAUGUGAAGCGUCACUUUAAGGUAUAAGAAGCUGGACCAGUGCCUGUGUGUAGGGGCUUAUUUUGCUACUAUCUUUUUUUGUGUGUGUGAGGAGAUCGUGUUGUUUACUGUACCUUUUUGGUCCGUUUUUUUUUUUUUGUUUGUUUCACCCGGUUCCGUAUUUGUGAUUCAGGUGGUAUUUGUGAUGUUGGAGAUGGUCAGAAACACAGAUAUUGUAGUGACUACUGUGAAAGGUCUGUUUAUGGGCCCAGAGGCUUCAUAUGAGGCCUUGCUGCUUUGACAAAAAGUGAGUUACUUGGCUUUAAUUUAUUUCUGUGUCAUGUGUUGCAUGUGAACAGGAAUGUUGAUGCUCAGUGCAGAAGGAUUCAGAGAGGACAGGCUAUUAAUAUUAACAGGUGGAAGUUGAGGUUGUUGCACUGAGUGGCUUUAGGUAGCAGUGAAGCUAAACUAUAAAAGCUCUAAAACCACCGAGAUGGAUUAAUAAGAGAAUUACGUGGAGCUGUAUGAAUUUAAAUCUUUUCUUUUGCCAUUUUAUCUUUUCUUUUUAUAUAUAAUGAACCUACAUUCUAUAGUAUGUAUAUGAGAUUUUUACAUGAAUGUGUGGAUGUUCAAAAAUCUUGGCAUCAAAAGUAGAAAAACAAAAAUUGACUUGUAAAUAGGCCGAGUCAUUCCUAGCGAGUUCAACAAAAUUGUUAUGUCCAAAAGAUGUUUUAUUAAUAAACUAUGACGAUGGGUACAAAGGUAUAUACAAAACAAUGCAUGUAUAGUCUCAAGCAAUCGCACGGUGCAGUUGAUUAAAAAAAUGUCGUCUACUUGUUUUCUCAAAAGAGUGAGAAAGAAAGCGGGAAGGAGAGGCGGUUCUAAUGUUGAGAGGUUUACAAACAGGAAGAAUGAGACUUUAUUUUGCUAACUGUGACGCAGGCAUGUUCAGUUUUUCUGUGACGUUGUGUGACGAUGAUGGCUGAGAGUGUUGAAAGAUUCCGAAAGCUUGAACGCACCCCAACCAGAGAAGUCGCCAGCGAUGGUGUACUCUGUCCACAGAGUGAAUCUCCCAUUUGUAGAGUAGUGUGAUAUAAGAACAAAAAUAAUACAGAAAAUAGAUCUAUAAUAUAAUGAUAUAUGAAAUUUAAAAGCCUACUGAUACUGGAGAUACUAAUUUAUCAGUGUGGAUGCCAUGAUAUUCUGUGAGAAAUGUGUGUGUUUUUCCUGUGAGAAGACCGCAGGCAGUUGAACCUGCCUUCUUUUGUACAUAAUUUGCUGUGAUUGUGUGUCCAAUAAAGUGCAGCUCUCUUGUACAGUC